UCCAAUCUGAGUAGUGGAAAGUCGGGCAGCUUUAGCAACAACGUCCUUUUCCCCCCCCGCAGGUGGUUCAUGCAGCCAGUGUGCCAGUGAGAUGCCGGAUUGGUCCCUGCGUUUCUCCUCGGUCUGAUCUCACAGAGGACUUGGGAGCCGGACCGGGACUUUUAAAGAUGACUUUCGCCAUGCUGCGGCCUGUGGCGACACACUUGAUCUACUCCGACUUCACGAUCACGUCCGAGGAUGAUGAAAGGCGCAGCGAAAGCGACGGCAGCUCGGAGCAAAGUUACUGCGACUCCACUGAAAAACGGAGACGGAUUUCGCGCAAACUGGAUGGCGAGCCCCCGGUGGUCGUGAAACAGAGGAGCGCCGCUAACGCCAGGGAGAGAGGCAGGACCCAGAGUGUCAACGGCGCGUUCACAGCUCUUCGGACUCUCAUACCCACCGAGCCGGUGGACAGGAAGCUCUCCAAGAUUGAAACUCUUCGACUAGCAUCCAGCUACAUUUCCCAUUUGGCCAACGUGCUUCUUCUCGGAGACGGCAGCGCCGAUGGGCAGCCGUGCCUCGGCGCGCUUCAUGCGCAAGGAGAGAGCGGGGUGCUGCAGCCGCGGACCAUCUGCACCUUCUGCUUGAGCAACCAGAGAAAAGGGAUAAAGGAUGGAAGAGACUGUUUAAAAAUGCGAAGGCUGGGUCCGCUGCGAAUGAGACGCUGA